AUGCGUCCUACCAUAGGCGUGGCUUUAGGCCUUGUGAGUAGCGUUUUUGCUGCUCCUGCGCCAGAAGCCUGUGAAGGCGAUAGGACUGAUGUUAUGCUCCAGCCGUAUGUGAUUGUGCAUGAUGGUAAAACAUCUACCACGACUAUUACGCGCACUUACACAGAUAACUCAUGGUCUGCUCAGACUCUCAUUCCUCUUCAGCAGUACAAUCCUGCAAAUUCCGGUUCAACUUCCUCUCCAGGAGUCCCAAGUCCUUGCAUCAACUGUAUUACUAUUACUACUACCGGUCCUGUUCCUUAUGUCACUACAUUUCCUCCAGCUUCAGCUGGAGGAAAGACUACAGUCUUGACCUGCUCCGGACGCAAGACUGCAACUGUAACUGGCACCGUUUCAAGCACUACAACUAUCACUCCGCCACCUCAUUGCAAUGAGUGCUCAGCUACGGUAGUUGUUCCAGCCACUGUUACCGAUAUCAAUACUGUAACAGCACCUGCAUGCCAUGAAUGCGUUACUGUUACUGUUAGCGGAACAACCCCUUGGGUCACUACAGUCCCCCCGGCUUCAUCAGGACAUAAGACUACAGUCUUUACCUGUCCGGGCCAGAAGACGGUGACAGUGACUGGCACUAUUUCAAGCACUACGACGAUCAACCCUACAUCGGGAUGUAGCGACUGCACAGUCACAGUGAUUAUUCCCCCAGCCACAUCCUCACCUGCCAGUGGACUUGUUACUACAAUCACGACUACGGGUACCGCAACUGGCAUUACUACCCUGCCUGCAACUAGCGGUGGUAUCACUACUGUCAUUACCACUGCCACAGGACCUCCCCUGAUUACUGAAACGACAACGGCAAGAACAGCGACUGGUCUAACCACCUUACCUGUCUCAAGUGGUGGACAAACCACUACUGGGGUCUAUACAACAUCAGCGCCAGCAGGAGGUCUUACUACAGUCACUAGCCAGGGUACCACUACUGGCCUAACUACCUUACCUGCUACCUCAGGCGGCACUACUACAGUUGUUACGUAUACAACCCCUGGCAGUGGCCUCACCACUGUGACCUCAACUGCAUCAACCACUGGCUUGACAACACUUCCCGCGACGAGUGGUGGCACUACAACUAUUGUUACCUAUGUCACCACCGGCGGUGGCCUUACCACUGAGACCUCUACAGCUUCCACUACUGGUCUGACUACUCUUCCUGCUACUAGUGGAGGCACGACUACUGUCGUGACAUUUGUGACACCCCCUGCAACUGGUGGUCUCACCACUAAGACUUCAACUGCUUCUACCACUGGUCUGACUACUCUUCCUGCUACCAGUGGUGGCACUACUACUGUUGUGACCUUUGUUACGCCUCUUCCGUCAGGUGGCUUAACUACUAAGACCUCAACAGCAUCUACUACUGGUCUUACAACCCUUCCAGCCACUUCAGGAGGCACUACUACUGUUGUGACCUUUGUUACCAAGCCUACUGGGGGUCUUACAACACUCACUUCUACCAAUUCGAUUACUGGCGUGACCACUUUGCCAGCCACCAGCGGUGGCACCACGACAGUCGUUACUUAUGUUGCCAGUUCUUCAUCUACAUCUUGUUCCGGCCUUUCUCAAACAUCGUCAAUUACCGCUGCCAACUCGCAAGGGACGUCGACAUCGUGGGUUGUUCCGUCAUGCGCCAAGACUGCCAAUUUCGUCGUGAUUGGUGGCGCUGGUGGAUUCUUUGGCUCGGCAUCCUGGAGUCGAGGUGCGAAGAUAACCGGAUCAUUUCCUGUCAGUGGCGGUCAGAUAAUCAACUCUACUGCUGGGGGGGGGGGGGGGGGGGGUGGAGCGGUUGCUGGAAUCCCAGGUACAAGCGUUUUGUGGAGUGGCGGUGCCGGUGGUGGCGACCUUUCAGGUAGGGGAAUAUCUCCAGGCGGCGGAGGUGCUGGCUCAGGUAUCUACCUCGAUGACAACCUGGUUGUUGUCGCCGGUGGUGGCGGCGGUGGUCCUUGCGCCUGUUCCAAGUAUAUAGUGAACGCCCCACCUGAGUUUCAGUUCUAUGAGAACCGCGGAACCGGGGACGCAGGGACAAUUGGCUCGUAUGUCACCGUGAAUCGUAACGGAACUUUCCUUUACUCGGCUUCUGGUGGAGGUGCGGCCACGGAGAGUGUCCCUGGCGCAGGCGCGUUGGUUGUCGGAACCGGUAUGGCCACGUCUUCCAACGGCACUUCUGCAUCUCAAGGCCAAGGUGCAAACGGAGUAACAUCUGACCACCGCGGAUUGACUUGUGCCAACUGUUAUGGCUCUGGUGGUGGGGGAGGUGGUUAUUAUGGCGGUGGAAGCGGGGCCUUCGUCUUUUCUUACCAGUCAGACAGCGAAUAUCAAUUCGCGGCUGGAGGUGGCGGUGGUGGUUCUAGUUUUGUUGGCGAUUCUGUCACUGGGGUGUCACAAAACUAUGGCGAGGCCAAAACCCCAGGAUCUGUCUAUGUUUACUUUACAUAA